AUGAGAUAGACAGAAGUUGAAUAGGUCAAGAAAUUUUAAUUUUUUAAUUAAGAAAACAUUCAAGAUCAAAGAGCUAAUGGAGACCCUACAGCCCCAACCUUAAAUGACAUUGGCAUAUCUGAUGGAUGUGGAAUUGGCACCAAACUAUUCCUCUCAUCUCAGUCCAAAAAUCUUAUUUACGUGUAUGAAGCCAAUUCCAUUCAAGGAUACUUCCAACCUCACAAUGAAUCCUUCAGAGUUAUGAAAUGCACUAAAGAAAAUAGAGAUGGAAAGCUAGUCACCUUCGGUAUUGAUAGCGAAAACAACUAAAAAAGCAGCUAUGUCAAAUUUUGGGAUCCAAACACAACCGACUAUCAAAAUAUAAAACCUAUUAAAGUUAUCUUGGUUAAUAAGGUCGGCUAACCAUUAUAGAAUUUCAAUUGCUUUUGUAUAGCUAAGGACUUAAGUGCUAUGGCCUUUGGUUUGCAAGAUGGCUAAAUCUUGAUCUUCAAGGCCAAAACAUAAAAUCUAAUGACUAUGGAAUUCAAAGAUUAAAUCAUUUAAACUGAUUAAGAACCAAUAAAAUCUGUCCAUCUCAGUAGGCAAGAUCAAAAUCUCAAUUUGUUUUGUACUACUGACUCUAACAUCAUCUGCUUUCAAAAUAUGCAAAAUAGAAAGAAAUUCUCUAUCCCUGCUGGAGCUCUAUUUGAUUUGACAGCUAAAGGAACUCUAAUCGGAUGUCCGAAAGAUGAUACAUCUACCAUAGUUGAAUAUAGUGAUACUAAAAAGGAAGCUACUUGGAAUGUAGAUGGUGAUAAAAUCGAAGUUAGAUUUUUCAAAUAAAAUUACUUAAUUAUGUUGAUCUCACCAAGAUAAGACAAAGAAUAGGUUGAUUAAUCUGUGUAAUUAACUAUCUUUGACCUUCUAAACAAUUAUAUUGCAUAUUAUAAGAAAUUUGAUAAGAUUCAAAGAUUUAUUCCAGUUGGCGAUUAUCUCUAUGUUAUUACACAAAAUAAUAGAGGUGAGAAAAACUUGAUAAGGUUAACAGAAAAAGAAAAUACUCAUAAAAUUGAGAUCUUUUUUAAAAAUAAUUAUUUUGAUGUUAUGUAUAGAUUCGCUAGCAACUAAUCAUCGGAUAAGACUCUAUUAGCCGAAAUCAGUAGAUUGCAUGGUGAUCAUUUAUAUGAUUAACAUGAUUUUCAAGGUGCAAUCAAAUAAUACAUCAAUACUGCAGGCAUUCUAGAACCCUCGUAUGUAAUUGGGAAGUUUUUAGAUGUUUCACAUGUUGAUUUCUUGAUUUAGUAUUUAGCAGCAUUGCAUCACGAAAAGUAAGCAGACAAAAAUCAUACAGCCUUAUUGUUGAAUUGUUAUGUCAAACAGAAAUAGAUCACUAAACUCGAAGAAUUUCUUAAGGAAUCUAGUUUCGAUUCAGAUCUAUUUGAUAUUGAUACUGCUAUCAAAGAAUGCAGAUAAUUAGGCCAUAUAGAUUUGGCUCUCAGAUUAGCUAAGUCUAGAUAAAAAAAUGAAGCUUAUCUGAGUAUCCUCAUUGAGACAAACAAAGAUUAGAAUAAUAAGGAAUAGAAUAGGUAAGAUUGUAAGAGUGCUUUGAUGUAUAUAAGAGAAGAAAUCUAAUUGGAUGAAAAAGCUUAAUAUUUGAAAGAAUUUGGACAAUAAUUAAUGAAGGCUGAGCCAGAAUUAUGUCUUGAAAUUAUCCAAAAUUUAGUUUUACUUAUUAGUAUGGUGUAAAAUUUGAAAAAAAGGGUAGACUCACAAAAAGGAAUUGAAUCAAUUAGUAUUUUGACUCCUGAGGAAUUGAAAGUAUGGAGAUAUUUCAAUUUAUCAGAUGAGGAGAUCAAAAAGGUAUUUUCUAUAACAUUUGGUAAACCAGAUGAAUUCUUACACUUAUUUGUGGUUAACGAUGAAUAUUUAGAAAGCUAUUUGAAAUUCUUAAUUGAAAAUUGCAAAACAUUACCAAAUGAAAAAGCCAUAUUCCAUCGAUACUUUGAAUACCAUUUAGAGAAAUAUCAAUUAUUUUAUAAAGAUGAGAGUAAGAUAGGGAUUAGAGAUAACUAAUUGUAGAGCAAAGAAUAAGGUAUUAUGAAAUUGUUGGAAAACCAAGAAAAUGAAAAGAAAUAUGAUAAGAAUCACUUAUUAGUAUUGUUUAAAAUGUACAAUUUUGUUCCAGGCAUUAUUUUCCUAUUGAAAAAGUUACAAAUGAGAGAAGAGUUAUUAAACUUUUACAUUAGUCUGAAGGAGAAUGAUUAAAUCAUUAAUUUAUGCAGUGAAUAUGGAAGAGAAGAGACAAAUCUGUGGAUAUAAGCAUUGAAGUAUUUUGCUAAGCCAGAGAAUAGUGCUGAGAAUUACAUUGAAAAGGUUCUAGUGUUAGUGAGUAGUUUAGAAAAUCUUUCACCUUUGCUUAUUUUAAACAUCUUGUCUAAAAAUAAAAAUGUUAAUUUUAAAUUAGUCAAGAACUAUUUCACUAAUAAAAUAUCAAAAGAUAAAAAACAAAUUGAUGACUAUUAAAAAGUUGUAAAGGAGAAAAUGAAGAAAGCAGCCGAUUUGAGAGCAGAAUACAAGAAAUUAAAGACACAAGCUAAAGUAUUCUAAUCAACUAAAUGUAAUUGUUGCGAUGCCAUUUUGAGUUUACCUUCUUAUCAUUUUCUUUGUGGCCAUUCCUAUCACGAACAUUGCAUUCAUACUGAAAGAGCCUGUCUCCUUUGUCCAUAAGACACAUAGAUGUUUUUCAAAAGAAAAUAAGAAUUUAUUGAAGCAUCGAAGGAAACAAAACCAUUCAAAGAAAAACUAUAUGCAGCAGCAGAUAAAUUUGAUGUUAUAUGUGAGUAUUUGGGAUAGGGUAUAAUUUCAAAUUAGAAAGCUGAUUGAAUCAAUAUAAUUGUAUGUCAAAAUAUUAUAUAUGAGAAUCAAAUGC